AUGGAAAGCUUUUUAUUCGAUGACAAAUCCUAUAUUGCCAAGAAUGUAAGCAUUGCCUUUGAUUAAUAUGCCUAUUAACAGAUAUUUGUGAGCACAAUGACCUCUUUCAAUCCGAAACUAAUCGUAUUAGAGAAUGACAAUAUAAGCAUGGCUAUAUUCAAAGAGAUAGUUUGUGAGAAAAUAUUUGGCAUUUAAUGCUCAAAUGAAAACUCUUUUUUAAGUAAAAGUUCAGGAAAUGGCUUUGAUUAUGAGAAGCUUAAAUUCUUUACCUUUACUGGAAUGGAAAUCUGCGAUGAGGAGGAGCUAAGCAUACUUGAAAACAACACUUAUUUAUUCGUUUCAUAAGGUAAAACACAGAUAACUCCGAGUUACAACCAUCCAAAAUACAAAUUCAGGCUUCUUAAUAAGCAAUUAUAAAUCUUUUUAUAGGGUGGCUAUGGAAAGGUCUACUUGGCUUUGAACAAAAUGACAAAAGAGGAAGUUGCUAUAAAGUUUUUGAAAGUUAGAGAGAUCAAAGCAGACAGCAUUCACAAAGUUUAUAAAGAAGCCGAUGCUUUGAGAAGCUUAAAUCAUCAGAACAUUGUUAAACUUAAACUGACAUUUCCUCUGUAAGAACAGAAGUCUAUAGUAAUUGUAAUGGAAUAUGCAAGCGGAGGAGAACUUAAAGGCUAUUUGAAAAAGAGAGGGAGGUUAGAUGAAGAAGAAGCAAAAGAAAUAUUCUUCUAAUUGAUAUAAUGUGUACACUACUGCCAUUAAAAGAGAAUAAUUCAUAGGGAUCUUAAAUUGAACAAUAUUGUCUUUGCUAGACCAAACUCUAGGGAAAUUAGAGUGGUUGAUUUUGGAAUAAGUGGACUCUACGCAGUAAACAAUCCUGAGAAAAGUUUGGCCGGAAGUCUGAAAUAUAUGGCUCCUGAGAUACUUACUGGGAAAAACACUGCAGCUGAUCCAGCUAUAGAUAUCUUUAGUAUGGGUGUAAUUUUAUUUGCUCUGGUGACUGGUAAACUUCCAUUUGAUGGAAAAGAUCAAGUCACUAUAAGGAAUAAGAUAGUAAAAGGAAUCUAUUAAUACCCUUAAAAUAUUGAAAGCACACUCAGCAAAGAAUGCAAAGACCUAAUUGAUAAGAUGUUAAGAGUGGAUUCAAUCAGUAGGAUCUAAAUGAAGUUUAUAUUUCUUCAUCCUUGGAUUGGGGAUUUCACGAAACGACUUAACCCUCUAAUGAGAGGAAGUGUCGAAUCUUUGAAUAGCUCUUUAGGUUCAUUUAGAUCUUCCUAAGAUGAAUUCCUUGAAGAUAGUCCAAUUAUGAAGUUCAAGAAUGAUUUUGGAGUGAUUGACGAAGAAGAAGAUACAGAAAACUUCAAAGAUGAUUUAAUUGCUUAGGAUGGGUCUCCUUCACACAGCCCAGUUAAAGCAUCUUUUGUGGAAAUUCACAAAACCCUAAAGGAUUAAAGAUGCUAAUCUAACUUAUCUGAAAAUUCUAAACAGCAACUUAUUGGCCUUAAUAGUUUGCACAAGACAACAGAUUAUUUCUUCAAAUAAAGGCUAGAAAAUCAAAAUAUGAUGUCAAUGACCCAGAAAAAAAUAUCUUACAAAAAUUUGUAAUCACCAUUUGGUGAAACAGCACUUUAAAAAAUAAAUCAAAGUCCGAACCCGCUUGAUGAGAUUGCUAAUCAUUAACAGUAAAGAUUCAGCUAACAAUAUUACGCUGGGUCAAGUUAGGUGUCAGAUUUGAGGAAAAAGAGAAAUCUAAGUUUGGGUUAUGAUUAACAGCAAGUCUUAAAUCCUCAUGAUUAAUAAGAGACUGACAAUGAAUCUCCAUUAAUUAAAGGUAGGAGUGACUACUAGCUUACAUCAAUUAGUAAUGAAUUAGUAGAUUAGAAAAGAAGAUUAAGUAAAACUAACAGAAAUAUUACAACUGGUCACUUUAAUUCCUAAAUAAAUCAAGACAUUACUCAAUAAGGAUUUUCAGAUUUGAAGCUAUCUCUGAUUCAAAACAAUGAAUAGUAUCAAACUAGCAACAAUGUUUCAUAGAUUAUUGGGAAUCAUCAAAACAGCCAAAACUAGAUAGUAAUCAUGAAUAACAUUAAUAUCAACAAUAUCAAUCUAAUUGGAUUAGCUCAGAUAGAAUCUGAAUCACCUGAGCAAGAAAAUAGGAGAUAAAGCCAAGGGGAAAUUAAGUUUCCAAUUAUACCAACUUAGAAAUUGAGUAGCUGCAACAACGCUAAUUUCAUAUACUCAAAUAUGGAUUAAAGUCCAAAGGUUAAGUAGAUAUCUUAGAGAUCUUAAACAACUUAGCUUCAAGUAAAUGAUUAAACAAUAGAUAAUAGUUCUAUGCAGAAGACAAUGUAUAUGGGAUCUUUGAAGAGAGCAGCAGAGGUUGGGAAAUUAAAGGAUAGCACCGAUGAAUAGAAUCAUGAUAGACUUAGAAAAUACAUUAAAGAGAAGAUAAAGGAGUCUCACAAUCUUGUGAGACCUAUUGGACUUACUAAGAUGCAAAAGCAAUAACUUAAUGUUUUCAAUAAGUACCUGAAAGAAUUAGAAAUCAAGUAUGAUAGUCAGUAAAAACAGUCAACCGCUUCUAUUGAGAAUGAAGAAACUAAGCAAAUGGCUUAGACAUUGUUAAGUCCUCAUCUAGAGUAGAAAGAAAAAAGUAAUAAUGAAUUCUUAAGUAUAAGUAACUCUAAAUCAAAAUCAAAGAAAAAAUCUUCAAUGUCGCCUUAAAAUAUUAUGCUUGCAAAUCAGAUAAACAGCCUAAGCAAUUAGCAUAAUAACCAUUAAACAUAGACAACAAGUUCAUCAUUAUCGCCGAAUAUGCUUGAGAGGAAAAAAUAGAAGAAAUUAAAGACCAUGAUAUAGUCCCAAAAAGUAACAAUCUAAUAAAUUGAUCAUACCAUGAUUCCAAGUGAUUCUAUAAAUAUUGAUAAAAAUUAAUCUCAAUAGUAAUAGCGAAAAAGUACAGCCAAUGAUAGUAAAAAUUUUAAAGCAAAGAGAGAGCACGAAAUCUUAUAGCCUAUUAUUCAAUAGUAAAGCAAAAAGUUGUCCUCUGGGAGACUAUAAAAGAAUAUGAAUGAUAGAGAUCGUGAAAAUCCCACAUCAUAGUAAUCUGAUCACUCUGAUAAUUUGAUUCAUGGUAAUCCUACUUCAAAAGAGAGGUCUAUAUAUGGAUCCAGAAAAGCGAGUGUUUAGGAUUGGAUAGAUCUCCCGUCAAGCAUUCCUAAAUAUGAAGGACCAAAAAUACAUACAAAGAAUCCUGAAAAUAUGCUUUAAAGCAUAUACGAUUUAUCUCCACCUAAGACAAAGAGCCAAAAGAGUUAGCCCCCAUAAACCACAGAGUCAGGAUAAGGUUCACCUAAUAAUCACAGAUAAAGUCACAUCAUUAGUAGCGCAUAAUCCUUCUAGAGUACUCCUCACGGCAGAAGAGAGAUUCAUUUCAAAUUAAAUAAACUACAAAGCAGCGGAGGGGGCGGAGGAUUUAUCUAAAACUUCAAUCUUACUCAAACAGCUCUUUUGACUUCGCCAGAAAAGUAAAAUUGUAUAACCUAAAGAUUGGCUAAUCUUUCAAAUGAUGCAAACUCACUAUCAGGCGUCUAAAGCAAAUUUAACUCAAAGGGUAGUCCACGAUUUGUAGUUUAAGGCAACAGGAAAACUGCUGAAAGUCCGACAGCUAACUCUAUCGGAAGCCCUUCAAGUUUGAGUCCAGCAAGGUAAACCUUCAAUAUUUAGAACAUCGAUGGAUCAUUUUUGGAAUGUGAAAGACGUGCUAUGCAAUAACAAGCAAUGUCAUAAACAGGAAAUAUUCCAAAAAAGAAGUUUAUGAUUGAGUCUAUACUAACUAAAUGUGAAAAAGAAGAAAGCCCAACAAAUAGUAGUAUCCCUAACAAAGUUUAGAGUGAAAUUAAUAAUGAUGAAAUCAAUAAUUGA